AUGCCCGCAUCCACCCCCUCCCAAUCCACCGCAUUACACAUCCUCGUGCACAAAGCCGAAUCCCUAAUCACCCUCUACCCCCAACGCUUCUCCUCCAUCGAAGCCGCCAAAGCCUUCAUUUCUGACCUCUGUAACCUCGACCUCGCCACCCCGCUCGACAACAAAGUAGCCUUCCUCGUCGCCAUCCACGCCUUCGAGAACGGCGAAUUCUACCUCGACACGCCACCCCCCUCCCGCCAAGUCCUGCGAAAAUCCGCCAUCUGCACGCUCCUCGCACAAAUCCGCACCUGGCCAUGCGCACUGACGUCCGUGGCCCACGCGCAAUCCUUCCUCACCGCGACGUGUCCCCGCAUCCAUGACCUGACGUUCGCCGGCCUGCCCGAUGAGAAAUUCCAGCGCUACGUGUCCUUCAACACUGCGCGCCGCGCGUGGGAGAUGCGUGCUUUUGACCUCCACUUCACCCCCGACACGUGGAAGCGUGCACCCCUGCCCCUGCCCCCGCCGAGUUUGUCGGCCGCCAUACAGCGGGAUAUCGACCGCUUGACGCUGCUGCUGCCGCCCUGGCCAAGGCACUUCUCAGACCUGAAUGCUGCGCGCGAUUGGGUUAGGGGUGUGGCUGAGAAGAGGCGGUUCAGGUAUACGGGGUGGGAGGGCGUGGAGGGGAUGAGGUACCGGUGUUUUGUGCAGUUUAAUUUAGCGAGGGGAGAGUGUGGACGGGGAGUGUUUGGGGUUGACGAGGGAGGGGAGAGAGUGAGGAGGGGUGGAGGUUUGAGGAAAGAUGGUGGGAGGGGAGAUGAGGAAGAGAGAGCGGACAGGGCGAGGACUGCGGGUGUCAGGCCGGUUUUAAAGAAGCUUGAUGAUGGCCGAGGUGUGGUCGAUGAAGAGAAGGUCGAGCAAGAGCAGGUCCAGCGGUUCAACGUUAGCACUGCGUCGUAUGGACAGAGUUUCCGGGAGUUCAAGAGUCGGGCUGUGGUUGUUGUCGAUGCUGAUGAGGAUGAGGAGAACGAACCGCCGCUGAGUCCGGCGGAUUCCAUGGAGCCGCUUGCUACGAUCGAGGAGGUCGACGAGGAUGUUGAGGAAGAACAUGAGGUUGUUGAAGCGGGCGAGGAAGAGAAGCCGGAUCCUUUCGCGGCUCUCGUUGCUGAUCUUCGGCGUGAGUUCAUUCUCAAGGCUGCUUUCGACUAG